AUGCGCCUCACAGCUAUUCUUGCCACCGGAGCAAUCCCAGCUACGGCUGCAGCUCUGACCCCCCACGCUGUUAACUGCGAUUUUUGCAUCAAUGCUGAUGCCCUGAAUCCUGGUAUCUCCUGCCCUGAUCUUGAUGUCAGCAAGUCAUACUGUGUUAUAGGCACUGUCACGGAGGAACCAUCCUGCACCACUUCCACGACGACGACGAAAUCAACCAUAACCAGCGAGUCUACCACCACCACAGUGACCGACCCCAGCAACAGCCCCACCAUGCUCGGGGCUGCAAGCAAUUUUGAUGGAUUCUACCAGGUCUCAUCAGGCGAUCAGUGCGACACCAUUGCCGCGAAAUACGGUAUCUUCAAAGCCCAGUUCAAGAGCUGGAGCAGCCAAGUCGACGCCACAUUCUCCAACCUUUGGCUGGACUAA